AUGCCUCCAAAAUCCAAAAAUAAAAUAAAGAAAUCGGAACAUUCAUCUUCAAAGAAAUGUAAACAAGAUUCUUGCCAACAGGAUCAAAUUAAAACAUCAUCCAAUACCACUACUUUAAAACAACCUUUAAACUGGCCAUUAAUAUCCAUAAAAUCUAAUUUACAACUCGAGACAAUUUAUCAAAAUCAUAUAGUAAUAAUACCAUCAUUUUUUACAUCAAAAGAAUGUACCAAUUUUAUAAAUUAUAUUAAUAGUACCAUACCAUUAGAAUCGGCAAAUCCUUCAUUAAUACCAAAAAAAGGUGAAGCGUAUAGGGAUAAUGAUAGGUUUUCAAUAGAAGAUAUCAAAUUCUCGGAAGUUUUAUAUAAUUCAGGAUUAAAUUUAUUGGUAUCAAAUUGGCAUUCCACUUUAACUAAAAAACCUGUUGUAGGAUUAAAUCCAAAUAUUAGAAUUUACAAGUAUAAUAUAGGACAAAAAUUUGGUCAACAUUAUGAUGAUUCUGUACAAGAUUGUUUAAAAAGGUUAAGCGAGUGGACUUUGUUAAUUUAUUUAAAUGGAGGUGAUAAUGAGAAUGAAAUACCUUUAUAUGGAGGAGAGACCGUCUUUUAUAAGAAAAAAGGAGAAAUUGUAAUAAAACCUGAAAGAGGAAUGGCUUUAUUACAUAAACAUGGACAUGAUUGUUUAUUACACGAAGCAAAAGUGAUCAAAAAAGGUUUUAAAUAUGUGUUGAGGAGUGAUUUAAUGUUUGCUUAA